CCAUGUCCCGUAUCUAUGACUAUAAUAUUUUGUUCAUACCAAACACUUUCUCCACUUCUUAAUUAUUAUUACUAGCCGUCGCGUGAAAGUGAAAUUUCUCAGUCUUUCCAAUAAAGGAAGACCUUUUUUUCUUAAAUUACAGGUUUAAGGCUGUUUGUACCAUAUGAGUAUGCCAACGACAGGACGGAAGAAGUCUGGGGGUACUAAAUUUGAAUUCACUGAAAAACAGAUGGCAGACGUCAAAGAGGCGUUCGAGCUGUUUGAAAAAGACGGGACGAUUCAAGCUAAAGAACUAAAGGUGGCCAUGAGAGCGUUGGGAUUUGAACCGAAAAAAGAGGAAAUCAAACGGAUGCUUUGCAGUAUAAACAAACAAAAUUCGGGUCACAUAUCGUUUGACGACUUUGUAACUCUAAUGUCUCAAAAAAUGGCCGACAAAGACUCGAGAGAAGAAAUUAUCAAAGCAUUCAAGUUGUUCGACGACAAUUGUACUGGUAAAAUUUCCUUUUCCAACUUAAAACGUAUCGCCCAGGAAUUGGGAGAAAAUAUCGCCGACGAAGAGCUUAAGGAAAUGAUCGACGAGGCCGAUAAAGACGGCGAUGGAGAAGUCAGUCAAGAAGAAUUUCUCCAAAUAAUGAAAAAAACCAACUUAUACUAGUCAUCCUAAACCAUACUAUUGUUAUUGUAUCAUUUAAUUAUUUAUUUGUAUCUAUCGUAAUCUCAAUACACAAUUUUUGUUGUCCAACUA